CAAAAGAUAAGGGCAUUACGGGUAGUGGAGGAUUUUGAAAAAGUUGGAGGGUAGUCUCUGAGGUACAAAGCCUUUUCUUUAUUUUCCUUUUUGCCCUUGUCCUUCUUCAAGGAGGGGGGAAAAUAUUAGUAACAGAUAGUGUUGAGAGAAACAGAAAACAAAACUAGCAAUUUCUGGUACUGUGAAGAAAGAAGAAGAGAAGAAAAAAAUGAGUACAUUGAGAAUACCAGAAGUAGUUCCUUCUCCAACUGAAGACUCUCAAACUCUUAUGAAAUCCUUCAAAGGACUGGGAACUAAUGAGAAGUCAGUGAUAUCGGUGUUGGGCCACAGAGAUGCAAGCCAGAGGAAGAAGAUCAGAGAAACCUAUCAACAACUUUACAACAAGUCCCUUAUCGAUGAUAUUUGUUCUGAAUUGUCUGGUGAUUUCAGGAAAGCAGUCAUGUUAUGGACAUACGAGCCUUCUGAAAGAGAUGCACGGCUAGCAAAUGAAGCCUUAAAGUCAAGAAAGAAAACCAUCACCCAAUUGCAAGUGAUAGUAGAGAUAGCUUGUGCAUCAUCUCCUGAUCAUCUGGUCGCGGUGAGACAAGCAUAUUGUGGCCUUUUCAAUCGUUCACUUGAAGAAGAUAUCACAGCAAAUGUCCCUAUGCCUGUACAGAAGCUUCUAAUUGGUCUAGUCAGGUCAUAUAGAUAUGAUAAAGAACUGGUGGAUCCUGAUACGGCAAAUGCAGAAGCUGCUAUCCUUCGUGAAGCCAUACGGACAAAACAGUUGGAUAAUGACAAUUUUCUUAUCAUACUCAACACAAGGAAUGUUCAUCAACUUAGAGCAACUUUUGAGUGCUACAAGCAAAAUUACGGAUUCUCCAUUGACCAGGACAUUAAGAGCUGUGGAAAGGGUCUGCUGGAGUCUAUUCUGAAGGUCGUUAUCUGGUGCAUUGAUUCGCCGGAGAAACAUUUUGCUGAGGUUGUCAGAGCCUCUGUUGUCGGGUUAGGGACUGAUGAGGAUUCACUAACUAGAGCCAUUGUAACGCGAGCUGAAGUUGAUAUGAUGAAAGUGAGGGGAGAGUAUUUCAUCGCGAACAAGACUAGUCUUGAUAAUGCAGUUAUUGAUGACACAUCAGGUGAUUACAGAAAGUUCCUCAUGACACUACUUGGUGCCAAAGUCUAGAUCUUUGGACAUGAUACAUUGUGUUGCGUAGUGUUUCAAUAGUAUAAUUCUACUUUGUAUGGUUUCAUUUAACGAUGCUACAUGAUAUGAGCAUUAUUGGGUGAAUUUGUUGUGAAAAAAGUAAUAACUGGAGACUGACUUUGUAAUUGUUAUUUGUCACUUGCUUGUGACUUGUGAGUAAAUAGCAGCCUCUUUUUUCUUGAGAAA